AUGAUAGGAACAAGUGAUCCGGCUCCACAGGGUCAGCUUCGCGCGUUUCUCAGUUAUCAGCACUGCAGAACAGCUUUAGAUCUGAAAACAGGUAAAACCUACCUGAUCAUGGGCUCCUCAGCUGAUAUCCGCAAGGACGAAGACAGUACCAUGUAUCUGCUUGGGGAGAAUACCUGGGUCGAGUACUGGCCCACGAGUCAAGAGUGUAAGAUUCCCGACUCAGAGUUCCGACCUGUUUGUACGGGAAUGGAGGAGCUGGUCAACCAGUUUGAAAUCUUUGGAUGUCAGAUGAAGAGAAAAUGA